CAAUGUGUGAGUGAGAACAGUGUCCGUGUGUAGAGUUCUACAGCCAGGUGGUGGCUGCCGGGGGUACGGGAGAGCGAAAGAGCGGAAGAGAGGCUAACGAAGAGCGACAGAGACACAGACACACUCACGCGCGCGCCUGUUGCAAAAUUCAUUCCGUUGCUCUCAUUCGUGAAGAAAGGAUGUACAGCCGGUUGUAGCCGAAUGAAUCCGUGUACAUCAUCGCCACAGCACAUGCCUCGCGGCCACGGAGGAGCCGGUGGCUCUGCCCCAAACGCUGGCCUGGAGUCCCAUGCCAUGCAGCUGCUCGAGAUGGGAGCCAAGGAGGAAUACGAAGAGCUACGAGACCUGCUCCACUCCUGGGACGUCGCCGAUCUGCUGCCCCAUCUACAAGAUGAGGCCAUCAAUGUGGAUGAGCUGCAGAUGAUAAAGCGUCACCACUUGUCCGAGUUGCUACGAAACUUUCGCUUCGGCACCCGCAUACGCUUUGAGCACCACCUGGAACGGUGGCGUCGCUGGCUAAAUGUGCCACUGCAGGGAGGCCAGGAUCAGGGCUCCGGACAUUGCAAUGGAUGUCGAUGUUCAGAGAUGCAAGCGCAGGCCCAGUCCAGUCUGAGACGCUGCCAGCAACCGAUGGUGGAAAUGAAUGAUUCAGAGACACAGAACGACGUUGGAUCGAAGAACGUGGACAAGGACAUUCCACCGCUGGUGGCUCUCAGCGAUCAACGCACAAUGACAGUGCCCUUUCAGACAAUUGAUCCCAAGGAGACGGAUGGACUGAUGAUGGUCAAGCAGGAGCAGCCCUCAAUGGGAGGCGGAAUUGGAGUUGGAGGAGUGCCUCUGAAAGCCGAAGAAGAAGACCCUAGCAUUGCCAUAGCCUCAAUAUUUGCUGGCGGAGAAGACCAAAUGUCAUCGUCUGGGGAUCAGGAAGUCAGCGUUCUGGGCAUCCUGCAGGCAUACGGCAUGAAAGCCCAAUCCCUGCUGGAACGCAUUGGUCAAAACACUCCGCUGGAUGCAGUGCAGCGCCUGCUGCUGAUCCAGCUGGUGUGCAGCUUCUACGAAGAUAACCAUCUGCACCUGACCCUGCAGCGUAGUCAUCUGCUGGAGCGUGAGAUUCUCCAGCUAUUCCCGUGCGAGGAGCUGCACUACUAUCGCACCGAGCGACGUGGCAAAAUCUAUGUGAGAUUCACCAAUAUGAAGAGGAGCAAGCGUGCAACUUCCUCACGCCCGGACAGCAAGCGACGACGCGCAGACAACAUACGGCAAGCAGGUGGACAGAUGGGGCCACAGGCCAAGACGAAUGUGAAUAGUUCUGCCACUGGGGAGCAGACCUCCAGUCCGGAUCGCUCCGAAUGACAAUGGACAUAGUUUUUGUAAGGAGAAGACGAAGCUAGAUCCAAACGUAAUGCUAAUCGUAGGUUAAGUGAAAACCAACUGUUUUAUUUGUUGUGUGACUGGAUGUACAAUAGUAGGGUAUUAUGCGGGUCGAUGAACGAUCCACCGACUGAUGAUACUAAAUCGCAAAUGAUUUUUGGUUACACUUUGA